UCGGCCUUUGUACCGUUCAGUUGGCGGCCAUUGUAUUUUUACGGAUCGUAAGAAAUCUAAAGCGUAGCGAGUCAUAUAGUUUUUAACGCGACAACGUGUUUAAAUACUACCAAUAUAAUUAUAGAUUCAAAGAUAACGUCUACUGCCGAAGGACUCAAGUAAAAAGACGCGCCAAACGAAGAUUGUAUUUUCCACCCGAGACGUGAAGCUUGGCGGAGGGAUUUAACCGAAUUUAGCAUACGUUUUUAACGAAAAAUUCGCCGUAUAAAUCCGCACCCAGAUUUCUGUCAAAUAUCUUUGUUUCAUAGUGCGUGUCCGACUUUUUCUUAGGUCUGUGCCCUUAUUUAGAUGGCAAGCUUCCCAGACUCUGUGAACGAAAAUGAUAUAGGUAAGGCAAAGUUCAUUGGCGAACUCCUGGUGCCUGUUGCUCCCUUUGACCAGAAGUCUGGGCGUGAAGCUUGGACAGUGGCCUUUGCACCCAAUGGUUCCUACUUUGCUUGGUCUCAGGGGCAUCGCAUUGUCAGGCUUAUCCCUUGGACGAAAUGCCUGAACAGCUUUUCAGUGGGCCAUGGAGAAGAGGAUACCAAUGCCUUGAGCCCUCGGCAUUUGUCUCGUCAGAGCAGCAAUGGUGGUCAAGUAGUCCCAGCAGCAGGCCAGCCCCCAGAACACACCAUAGAUUGUGGUGAUAUUGUCUGGGGAUUGGCCUUUGGUUCCUCAGUACCAGAAAAGCACAGCCGCUGUGUCAACAUUGAGUGGCAUCGCUUCAAGUUUGGACAGGAUCAGUUGCUCCUGGCAACAGGCCUCAACAAUGGUCGCAUCAAGAUUUGGGAUGUUUACACUGGAAAACUGUUGCUGAAUCUGAUGGAUCAUACAGAUGUAGUACGAGACUUAACUUUUGCUCCUGAUGGCAGUCUGAUGCUGGUGUCAGCAUCCAGAGAUAAGACCCUUCGUGUAUGGGAUCUCAAAGAUGAUGGUAAUAUGGUGAAGGUUUUGAGGGGCCAUCAGAACUGGGUGUACUGCAGCGCCUUCUCCCCUGACUCUUCCAUUCUGUGCUCGGUUGGUGCAGGAAAGUCGGUGUUCCUAUGGAACAUGGAUAAGUUCACGCUGAUCCGAAAGUUGGAGGGACAUCACCAUGAUGUGGUGUCUUGUGAGUUUUCACCAGAUGGAGCAUUGUUAGCUACCGCCUCUUAUGACACCCGAGUGAUUGUCUGGGACCACCAUAAGGCCACAAUCCUCCUGGAACUGGGCCACCUCUUCCCUCCUCCUUCACCCAUUUUUGCAGGAGGAGCAAAUGACCGCUGGGUUCGCUCUGUGAGCUUCUGCCCUGAUGGCCGACACAUUGCCAGUGUUACAGAUGACAGGCUGGUUCGCUUCUGGAGCAUUGAGGAAAGGGCUCCUCUGGCGAUUGCCUCUGUCUCUAAUGGCCUCUGCUGUGCCUUCUCUGCUCAAGGAAGUGUCCUUGCUGCUGGGACUCGUGAUGGUAGCGUGCACUUCUGGGAGUGUCCACGUAGCAUUGCCAGUCUGCAGCACAUGUGCAGAAUGGCUCUCCGUCGAGUGAUGAGCACCCAGCAGGUGGAGGCGCUGGCCAUUCCUGCACUACUCUGUGACUACCUAACCUACAAAGUCAUUUAAUCUUGGCAUUGGCUGAUCUGACUGCAUUUGUAUUGGCAACAUACUGAAAAACCAUUGAAACACUUUUUUUCUGAACAGCUUUUCAUAAAACUCUGAACAAUCUAAGAAGAUCGGGACAGGAAGAAGAAAAGUUUGUUUUUCUGAAAGCCCAGGGCCAUGUGUUCGCCAGAGCCCAUCACUACCUUAUCUUGUACAUAUUUAUUUUUGUAAGUGCUUUUGUAAAUGAGUGUACAGGGCCCAGUACGUCACCCAUACCUGUUAGGUCAAUACUGCCAGGUCUCCUCCUCUGUAUCAGUGUGGUUAUCAGUAAUUUUCGGCUGCUCUUCCAUCUGCCUCCAGCUGUCCACCUGCAUUAUUAUUAAGCUCUGCAUUAGUUCCACAGACCUGGAAUAGGUAUUGCAUUUAACACAGGCUUUACAGUGGGGCUUGCUUUUAAUGUUAGGUUUUCUUUUCUGUUUUGGUGCGGGAACUAAAGGGAAAAGGUAUGGGAUGCAGGGUCUUGAAGCCCAUUAUUUACAUCUUAUCAAUACUAAGGAAAUAAUGAUGCAGACAUGGUCUCUUUGGAGGUUUUUCGUAUUUUUCUGAAACAGUAUUUACACUACCAUGGUAUACUCGCUCACUGAAAAACUUGUAGCAGCUUUUAUUUCUGAUGAAAGGACAGCAUUUGUCAGUAAAAGAUGCUAGCUAUCAAGCUAAUGAACAGGGUAUCCACCAUCUUGGUAGUCAUCCCUUGGCAAGAAAUUGAAUGACUCUUAAUAUUUCUGUCCAAGUCAGCAGAUAACAUUUGGGUAAACUGCAAAUAUUCUGCUAAUUUUUCCUCAAACUUGCAGGCGUAACCUACUCACACCCACCCUGGUAUGUUUACAGUAUGGUUAAUUUUUUUCAGUGCCCUGCCUGAGGGUGUUACAGAGACCAGUGUUAAAUAAAGCACAGCACCUCUGCUUCUUAACUAUUUGUAUUUGAACAUACAGAAUCUGACAGAACCUUGCGUGUGCUUGUGUGUAAACACAUGAUUCUGUUUUUUGUCCAUAAACAUAUCAAAAUUGUGACCUUUAUUUUCUCCUUUUUAUAUCUACUUCUUGUGUUGAAGAUUUGUAUUUUAUUAAUUUGUUCUUGUUCUCCUUAAAACAGCUGCACAUCUUUGUGUUGUGUUUUUUUUUUUUUUUUGUGUGGCUCAAAUGUAGACUGUUUGUGCUUAUGGACUCUGUUUAUAGAAACUACAGUAAGCAGUCUUUGCAACCUGGAAUAAUCCAAAGUAAUUAAAACCAAUCAACUGCCAUUCUGGGCCAUGUGGUUGUCAGACCUUCAUACUCACUGAACUUAGAUGCUGCGUUUUUAGAAUCUUCUUGAUCAUCUUAUUGUUUUUAGUUUGUCUGUGAAAAGAGAUGGGAGCUCCAGGUGUUUUGUAGGAGGGUGGAUGGAGCAGGUGUCAAUCAUUUGUGGCAAUAAGUUCUCUGACAGUGCUAAUGCCAAAGUUGUCCUUUCAUUAGUGUGGAAAUGGUAGGGGUUGUUAUCAUUUCUGAUAGUGUUAAUUGUGUGAGUGGGAUUUAGAAUCGUUAUGGGUUGGCAUUACAUGAUGUUCAUAUAGCUGUUACCAUUGUGAUUAGAGAAAUACAUUCCUGCCUCAGAUGGAGUAUAAAGCGGUAAAUAUUUCCAAAAUACAUGAAUGUAUUAAUUUCCUGCAAUCUCUUUUUUAAAUUUUCAAUAAAGGUGUUUUUUGACAUUU